CGUCGCCAUGCUACCCCUGUGACGUAGUACGGGCACCCCGAGUUGAACUCGAUGAAAUGUGACAUACCAUUUCCGACGGAUUACAUGUGUUUACCUGCAGUGUUGGACAGAGCACAGGACUUCACUGCCUUACGUUACAGACGUUGUCGGUUGUAGCUGUUGUUUCCCAUCACAAUGUCACGUUUUCUGUUGGCAUACGCUACGUAGAAAACCACCAUCACCAGAUACUACCAUCACACUAUCACCAGAACCUCGUCAUGGGUUGUGGGCCGUCCCACCUUGUCCAUGGCGAAGAUGGAGGAUCCGCCAAUACUCCUCGCGAAAACCCCAAACCACAACAGACCAAAGUCUUAUCUAAUGGCCACCCUGCAGCAGUGAAGGAAAACAACGCAAAGAACAAGGUCAUGAACUCAACAGACACAAAUGAAAAUCGGCAAGAUGUAAUCACCAAUAAUCUUCCACCCGCCUUUCCCAAAUCUAUUAGUUUCGCUGUGGGAAUGGACGGCCAGGAGAAGGACAGCCUGAUUGCCAAACACCCUCCAAUAAAGCUGAAGCGAUUGGAACCCCUGAACAUGCCGUUACUUACUCCAGAACUUCUCAAAGAAAAACAAAAGUUAGCAGAUGAAAAACGUGAAAGGGAACUGCAACGGAAAAAGAGUGCUUCAAGAAAGUCUUCGAAGAGGCGACGGGAGCUGAUGGCGGCCAAAGAUUUUGAAUUACAGCAAGUACAGGGACAGGAUAAUUCGAAAAUGCAGUCGGCUGAGGCUCUACGAAUGGCUAAGCUAAAUGAAAUAAAGGAGAAACAGAAAAUACGUGAAGAACGUGCUAAAAGGGCCAGAGAAAAGGCUCAAAGGAUGAAGCAAGCUGAGCAAGCAGACCUUGGUAUUUUGGAGGUAGAAAAGGAUGAUCAUUAUAACGCUGAUGAUGUCGAUUCUUGGUUAGACGGCGACAACAAUACCGGGGGAAAUCAGUCUGAAAUGGGCGACAGGGUUUACUCCGGCCGAUGUAGCCCGCAGAAGCAGGUGCAGGACACGACGAAUAACCGCUACCCCAGUGCCAGUACCGUCGACAGUUUCGACAAUGCUUACAACAGAAAAACUCCUAGUGCCUCAGCAACUCGCCAGAAACAACUACCAGAAGAAACGGACGACUUUUUCGAUUCUUGACACAAAACGCGUGUUACACAAUAGGGUAUAUUACAAUUUGCUAUAAAGUGUCAUAUUGCUCAAUUUGGAGAAUUUGCUUCUUCGCUCUGCCCACAUAGAAAAUUUUACUGUCUUUAAUUAAGGCAGGAUCGUUUUAAUAAGCUGUUUUCUGAAUGUAAAAAAGUUUUUAUUACGUUUUUUGAUAUUUUUCCAAAAUUUGUUUUACCAAAACGUUACACACCAGGAUUUGCAUAAAACAUAUUGCCAAUACAACAAUGUACUGUGAAAUCACUAACUUUCGUGGGUGUUUUUUAAAUUUCAUUGAAUUCUUGGGUAUUCUCGAAACGAAUGCAAUUAUUGAUUUGUAAUAUAUUUGAGUUCAUAUCUUCAGAUAGUUGUCUUGCACAACUAUACAACAAUUUCUGUAUUUAGAGUUUUAUAUAAAUCGAUGCUUUGAUUUGCCCAUUAUCCCUUAAUAAUAUAUGUUACUUUUCGUUAAAACAUUCGCAAGUGUAACAAUAAUCUAUUUGCGUCAAACUAUGUUUCUGUUUUUUAAGAAUCAAAGCAAGAAUAUAUAUACUGACCUAACUAACAUACAUAUUUAUGCCUUUCGGUCUCGGGCAUCAUACGUUGUUAUUCUAUAGCAAAAACAGUACCAAUUAUAAAGUUGGUAUGGAAAUAAUUUUUAAAUGACAUACAGACUGCUGUCUGUUUGAGGAAGAACCAUGUUGUAUGUUGGAGCUGUGUGGACACUUAAAUAGAAACAUUUUUCCUAUAAACAAACAGGAAAUUGAACGUGGUUGGAUAUUUGUAUUAAUACGGACAUCUCUGAAACAAAAGGAAAUAACUGAAACUGUUGAGCUGGUAUCAACUAUCGUCAGAUAUUUGUAAUGAUAGGGAUAGGAAAGGAAAUUACCAGUCUACAAAUUAUGCAUGAAAGCCUUCGGAAGUGCCUGUUUUACCAGUGAAUCGUUUGUUAAAUACACGUUUAACGAUAUAAUGAAAGUGGGUGUGGUUUGUGGGUGUUUAUUUAUAAUGAUAUUUAAGAUACCGGAUUGAGAGAGGGUCCCUGUUGGGUAAUAAUAUGAUACAGUAUUAAACAAUGGGACAGGACGCCUGUGCUUUUGUUCUUAGAUCUAUAAUAUACUUUUAAACAUGAAUUGAUUAUCGGAAGUUGUUCAUGAAUUAUUCGUAUUUCAUAAUAUCGUUUCUUAGCUACAAAUAACAUAUUUUCCCAUCGUAUUACAUACAUUUGAGAUAUUUGUAUCUGCUAGUUUAUCUACGUUGAUAUCCACUGCCUUGUGUAAAUACAGACAUUGUUUUUGUAGAUGUAAGAAAAUAUACACUAUCACCUAAGCGUUUUUUUAUUUAAGCACUGUAGACACUAAUAGAAUACAAAAUGUAUUUUAUUCUGUUCAGUUGUAUAUGAAUACAUAAAAUGAUUAUCAGCCCUUAAAAUGUUAGGCUUUAAAACGAAGGACAUUCAUUCAAGGUAACUACUAUUCAUGCUGUAAUAACUAUCUAAUUUGGGGAAAACUUACAUAAUUGGUAUAAUAGAAUAUAAUAGUAAUAAUAAGGAUUUAUGUAGACAGAAGACAAUUAUUGACAUUUAUAUUAUGUUAUGAAAUCAAUCACCAUUUUUUUCAUGUCUCUAUAAACUCUGUAUUUCUCAAUAGGGAUGUCAGCAUAUUUUUCAAGAUUAAAACUAGUAUAAAUAAUGUGUUUUCAGAAGAAAAAUAUCCAGUGCACUCUAAUGUAUUUUAUGAAUGUGUUACAUUGUAUAUUACUUUUAUAUAUUUGUUAUUCGCGGUCUAUCUUUCAAAGGAAUGAAAAAAGUAUAUCAAAUGACUUUGUAGAAUGUCUUAUAAUAAAAAUCAAGACAAGAAUAAUUACUCGGAGAUAUUCUUUUUCGCUUUAAAAGAAAAAUCAAACGUGAAAUAACAAUGUUGAGAAAAUACGAGUUGAAGAACUGCAUGUGAUAUCUCCCACAAACGCAAGUAUUGUCGAACCUCUAUAUUUCGUUAUAUGGAAAUCUCUUAUCUCGACUACCUGUUUAUUCUAUUUUAUGUUUCUUUAAUCGGAUAACUCGAUUUAUCGUUUAUCUCAUUGUAAGUUAUAUCGAAUUUCUUGGAAACUUAUUUGAUGUAAGAUAAUGCGGUUAUCUCAAAAAAAUUAACAGUAUGACGAGAAUCGGCUGACAUAAUGAUCAUAGAUAUAUAUUAUGCUGCGUUUGAAUGUCCUUACUUAUAUUAUGUGACACGAUGUAUUGAUGAUUAGGAUUCUAGUCAAUAACAAAGUGAUAAUUACACAUUUUUAAUUUGUUUUCCAUGAAGUCAUAUUUCUAUCAUUAAGUGCAAACUUUAUAGUGUUUACACGCACGUUCCAAUUUCAAGACAAGUAAUUUUUUUUCAUUUCAAGUUUGUGGCAAUUCAGUAGAUUAGGUUUCAUUUAUUUUAUUUAAUUGAUAUGGUGCUUUGUAUUUUUAUACUUUUGUCAAGGUUAUAACACUAGAUCGGCGUGUGAUUUUGAGUGUUGAAGUGAAGUAGUGGUAAAGUUAAACUCUGAUCCCAUGUUAAAGUAUUGUUGUGAUAAAGCUACACACCACUGAUUGCAAUUCACAUAACAAUCAACCAUUCUAUAUGUAUCCAACUUAUUUUUGGUGUUCUAGGUGUCGAGAGUUGGAAUGAAAUAACCAUCACUUAUUCAUCACGUACCGGGCAGAACGAUGUUUUGUUUUGAAUACAAACAGUUAUUUAAAAAAAAGGUUUUUGCGAGCUUUCGAAAACACUGUUUGAACUAGUGUUUGUUGCAGUUUAAGAUAGAGGAAUAGUCAAAUUUGAUAUGAAAUAUAUUUUCUUGCAAAUAAGUUAUCACUGGAGUAAAAUAAGGUAAUAAGUGUAAAAGUCAAGUGGUCUCUAAACCUUGGAAACUUGAAAAAAAAGGACAUAAAUGGAAAUGUUAUUAUGUGAACGAUGUCAUGAUAUAGGAACGAACAUCCUCCAAUUUAUAUACAUUUAAUUCUCAAUACUAAAGAUAUAAGGACUGAUAACCAUUCAGUUACUUGAAUAUGACGCCUUGUUUUUGUUAUGUUAAAAUAAUGUUUCAUAUAAUAGUUCUAUGUACCAAAAUGAACCCGCAUCUUCCCAAACGUUUUAAGAUGAAAAUACAACAGUAUUAACACUUUUAAAGAUGUAAAGAGUAAAAAUAAUCUUUUUCUUCACAUUUUUAAUUGAUUUUAUCAUUUGAUGAUACGUGUGUCAAAAAAGCAGUUUUUACAAACGAAUCAUAUCAUAUUUCUCAUAUACGUUACUGACUUGUGAAUAUCUUUUAAAACGAUAAAAAGAUAAAGCGAAAAAAAAGCUUCUAUCCUCAACAAGAGAUUUGGCAUCAUUUCAGGUUCGUCAUUGGUAAUUUAUUAAGGUUUAGAGCAAAAUAUUAUCUAGAUUCUAUAGUACUGAAAAUGAAUUGUACUUCAUAGUAAUUAUUGGUUUCUACUGGUUGUGUCGAGCUAAGAAGUGUUGUGAUAUUAGUCUGUCCAUUGUAUUUCAGUAUUACGUGUAUAUUCACAUUUAGAAAUAUAUUUGUCAUGAAUAUUUAAAUUGUUUUGUCACCUGUUGAUGUACUUGCACAGUAGUUCAUAAAAAAAGUAUUAUAUACCUCAUGCCAUUGUAUAAACCAGCUCAUUCUGGACAAUUAUGAUUGAGAUUGGCUGUCAUUUUAAAAUCUAUGUGCCGUGUAAAUUAAAAGAUGAUUGUAGUGUUGGAAUUAUGCAUUGUUCUCGAAACAAAGGAACCGGAAAGAUGGUUGUGCUCAAUAUGAGUUA